AUGCUGCCCUCUGAAGCCUAUUCAACCGUGGACGAGUACAAACUUAUGAAACAAGCUAUGAAGAGAAUCGUGAUUUGCAUUCUCAUCGGAUGCUUGAUUCUCACUAAGUUGUUCUCCAUCUCAACUGUUAUUCAUAACGAGAAAAUCUUCGCUAAAAUCGCGGAUCUGACCAUCUAUCUGUCUUUGUCUGGGAUUGGUUUCUUCGUUCCAAUGUACUUCUCGGCCGCAUUUGUUAAAGGAUACAAUGUAUUCUUGGUCUGCGCUUGUGGAUCUCUGGUCGUUGAAGCAGCCGAGUUCUUUCUUUUCCUGGGAGUGUUCGGAGCUGGGAAAUGGAUAAUGCUCGAAAUGGGAAACCUUUCUCUUCUGUUGCUUGUUCUGACUCUCAUCGAGAAUGGCUUCGAGGCCGAGAAACGCAACGAGGAGAACAUCGCUUUGACAGAAACCAACACCAUCCCAUACGUUGCUGACAACGAAUCUCAAAUUGGUACCGACGGACUUACUGAUAAGGAGAGAGAUCAGAAGAACUUGGCCAUUUGGAGAGAAUUCAGACGUCAAAUGUGGAGAACCAGAUCACUCUGA